AUGCUCGCUGCCUUCACCUUCGCCGCGGCGCUGCUGCACACCAGCGGAACGGCGCGGGUCGCUCGCUGCUGCCCCCCCGCCGCCGCCGUGCUCCCGGCAACCGAAUACAUGCUCCGGCAGCUGCAGCCAGCGCAGUCCAUCGGUCUGCUGGCGGCCUGGGAGAAGGCGUCCCGCGACCUGCGCGCUGCUGGCUUUCGCGGGCCGCAGGACGAGGCGAUCGGCGAGCGAGCGCUCAAGCUGAAGCAGCUGGCCGAGACGCUACCGCGCGUCAAGUCGACGGCGAUGAUCCUCGGGCUGUGUGAGAAGGGCUCGCUUUCGUUUGAGACGCUGGAGGAGCCGCACAAGUCGCAGGCUGAGACGCUCUCGCGCACAUCCCUCCGAGGCGAGCCGCCGUGGGGCUCCCCUCGCGGACACCCUCACCUGGCCUUCGGCAUUGCGCACCGUGCUGGGGGCUCCGCAAUCUCCGCCGGCCGCGGCUCCGCAAUCGCCUUCGUCUCGCAGUGGGAGGACCACGUUGUUGUCAACCCGCAGUACCUCGAGCUCGGAGAGGCGGCGGAGGCAGUGCUGCUCGCUGACAUUGCGCAGCGCGCGCGUGCCGCGGGCGUGGCCGACGUGAGGUUGCACCCCGCCUACCAGGCCGACGGAGCUGCCUUCUACGAGCGAGGGAGCGCCGCUGCGGUUCGCCAGCGGAUCUGA